CAACGCCGAGAAUUCGCCUUUUUUUCUAAAGGGGCGUAUUUUUCUUGCCAAUUUAAUUACAAACCAACGUUCAAUGCACACGAUACACUCUGCAAUAAUAUCAGGCGCCUAUUUGAAACACUCGGGCACCGUGUCAAGGUGAUAGUGUUGUGUAAACAGCCGGGAUGUGUGUUUAGAAACGUUUUUGUGGGAAGUCUCAUCAAUGGAGGGUUGAGGAAGCCCGUCUCGCUACAGAAGAGGACGCUGUCGCCCCUGGAUAUGACCGGCAUUCUCUGUCGUUUCGAGCGAUCGAUAAAAGAGUACUUAUGUCCAUUCAUAUUUUAGCAUUUAUAUAGCGGACAACUCCAAUGAGGAAGUUAAGAAAACGAGUUGGCCAGUCCAGGGCUGGAGGCUUUGGGAGAGGAGUGGUCAAAGAGGAGGAUCAGGUUCAAGUUGGUCCAUCCAGCCAUGCUGACACGGACUCUCUACUCUGUCCGCCUUCUCCGUGCAGACUGAACUUCUCUACAACCAGAGACACACUUACGUAUGCACAAGCUCAGAAAAUGGUGGAGAUUGAGCUGGAAGGACGGCUGCACCGGAUAAACAUCUGUGACCAGCUCUCUGUGGUAACAGAGGAUGAGAUGCUGGCUCAGGAUCUGACAGAGUGCAACAGUAACAAAGAGAACAGCGAGCAGAGACAGGGAAACAAACAAGCCGCGUCUAAAAGCAAGCGGAAGGAUGGCAAACACGCAGCCAAAAAGAAAUCAAGCUCUCAGUAUAGCAUGCAAAACCAGGUUGUCCAAAUUCAAACCCCCUUGCCUAAGCCUACGUUUCGUAAGGUGGACACUUUCACGGCUUCAGAGGCUCCUCCUCUUCCUGUGGCCUAUUACCGCUACAUAGAGAAGUCUGGGGAGGAGCUGGACAACGAGGCUGAGUAUGACAUGGACGAGGAGGACAUGGCUUGGCUGGAGAUGGUCAAUCAGAAACGUGUGUCCGACGGACACGCUUCGGUCCCACCUGACACGUUCGAGUUAUUGAUUGACCGACUUGAGCGAGAGUCCAUUUUGGAGUCCCGCAGCCAGACGCUGUCCCAAAGCACCAUUGACGAAGACGCCUACUGUUGCGUUUGCCUCGACGAUGAGUGUCUCAACAGCAACGUCAUCCUGUUUUGCGACAUCUGCAACCUAGCUGUGCACCAGGAAUGUUACGGGGUGCCUUACAUCCCUGAGGGGCAGUGGCUGUGCAGACGCUGUCUGCAGUCCCCGUCGCGCCCCGUCGAUUGCGUCCUCUGCCCAAAUCGCGGAGGCGCGUUCAAGCAAACCAGCGAUGGAAGUUGGGCCCACGUCAUCUGUGCCAUAUGGAUCCCUGAAGUGUGCUUUGCCAACACUGUGUUCCUGGAGCCCGUGGAGGGAGUGAAAAACAUUCCUCCUGCGCGAUGGAAGCUCACCUGUUACCUGUGCAAACUGAAAGGCAGGGGGGCAUCGAUUCAGUGCCACAAAGCGAACUGCUACAGGGCGUUUCACGUCACUUGCGCCCAGAGAGCUGGUCUCUAUAUGAAAAUCGACCCCGUGCGGGAGACCGGCACCAACGGCACUACCUUUACUGUGAAGAAGACCGCUUAUUGCGAGAACCACUCACCUCCUGGAAUGGCCACCGAAGGGGAUGAAGACAACGGGUUGGUUGGGGGCAGGGGUAACAGAGGUCAGAGGUCGUACACAUUAGGCCCUCCGCUGCAGCAAAACCAGAAUGGGCGGAAAAAAGGUUCAGCCGCACAACAGAAGAAAAUGCAGAAGAAUCCGGCAGGGACCUCGCGGAAGACUGGAGUGCCACUCCUGCUGGUGCCACAGAUACCGUCCUUUAGGCUCAACAAGAUUUGCACAGGGGUUUCUGUUGAAAGGAAGAAUCAGUUUAUGCAGAGGCUCCACAAUUACUGGCUGCUAAAACGUCACUCUCGUAACGGAGUGCCACUCAUCCGCCGGCUGCAUUCUCAUCUACAGGCUCAAAAGUCUGAGCAGAGAGAGCCAGAUGCAAAGUUGCAGGCUGUCAGAGAAGAGCUAAAGUACUGGCAGAAGCUUCGUCAGGACCUGGAAAAGGCUCGACUUCUUAUUGAGCUUAUAAGAAAGAGAGAGAGACUUAAAAGAGACCAGAUGAAACUUCAGCAGGCUGCACUAGAGCUGCAGCUCACCCCUGCGCUGGUGUUUCUGCGUUCUACACUGGAACAGCUGCAGGAGAAAGACACUGAUCAUAUUUUCACCUCACCAGUCAAUUUGAAGGAGGUUCCGGACUAUCUGGAGUUUGUUUCUGAGCCGAUGGACUUCUCGACAAUGCGUGACAAGCUGGAGGCCCAUAAAUACUCAUCGGUGGCUGACUUGGAAAGGGACUUCAAUCUCAUGAUAUCCAACUGUCUAAGGUACAACUCCAACGACACAGUGUUCCACAAAGUUGCCAUGCAACUUCGAGAGGUGGGCGGGGCUAUUCUGAGACAUGCCCAACUUCAGGCCCUCAGCAUAGGCCUUGAUCCCAGCACAGGCAUGCACCUGCCAGAAAAGCCCAGCAUGCACAACGCCACGGUCUCCUGGUGGGAUGAAGUUGACUUGCUCUUGGACCCUGAGAAUCGUGUGCACAUGUAUCCUGAGGACCAGCUGAAAACCCUGCUGGACAAACUGGAUCUGGUGGCGUCUAUGCGCACCAGCGGAGGUCGCACAAAACGCAUGCGUCUGCUGCGCAGAGAAAUUAACAGCCUCCGUCACAAGAUCAGCCACCAGGACCGCAACUCACGACUGCUCAAUGGGAAAAUUAAAGAGGAGAAGUGCAAAAAUGUAAAGAGUGAGGAGAAGAUGGAUUACAUAACCUCCAACACAGACCUAAAGAAAUCAACAUCGCAAAAAGUGCAAGAACCUACUUGUCCAGACUCUUCACCUUUACCUGGAGAUGCUCCACCAAACCCGCCUAUGUUCUGCCUUGAAACGGGACGGACCACCACUCCAGCACAGUCAAAUAAACCUGGCAGCAGAAAACAGAGGGCAAAAGCAAAAGAAAGAGGCCUGAAAGAAAAUCACGAUCAGACUUCAGAAGAAGACGACAACUUCCACACAAAAGAUCAGGACCCCAACACUCAGGAGGAUUCUGUGAUCAGGGUUUCCUCCGCAGAGAGCCCGUCUGAUUCACCCAAGAUUGGCGUAGGUCGUCGAACGUCGAUCCUCUUCAAGAAAGCUAAAAACGGAACCAGACUGACAAAGGACAAGCCUGUUUUAUUGCAAAAUGGAGUCAGCAAAGCUGAAAAUGAUGCGUCGCCAAAGCAGGCCACACCAGCCAAAUUACUGUCAGCAUCACCAGCCCCCAAAUCGCCCCCUCCGUCUCCUCACCAGCUUAGAUCCAGAGGACUGAGUACAUGCUCCGACAGCGAAGGAGAAAAGGCCCACUCUCCACCUGAAGAGAACGGCAUCACAAAUGGACUCAAGAGACACAGCGGCAACUCAUCAGAUUCAGAAAGCUGCACUCCCACCUUCCCAGCACACAGUUCCUCACCUCCGAAACGCAGUCGUGGUAAACCAGCUCUCAGCAAAGUUCCUGUUGGUGAGGAAGAGAAUAGCGUUUCUAAUGCAAGCAAAGAAACUUCUCAGAAUGAUGAGAUGGAACCUCUUACUUUGGUUUGGGCAAAAUGUCGCGGAUACCCCUCAUACCCUGCAAUGAUUGUCAAUCCUGAUAUGCCCCGAGAAGGAAUUCUUCACAACGGCAUUCCCAUCCCAGUGCCUCCAACAGACGUUUUGGAUCUGGGUAAACGCAGACAGGAGGAGACUGAAGAAAAACUCUUUCUUGUGCUGUUUUUUGAUACGAAACGAACCUGGCAGUGGCUGCCGUUGGACAAGCUCCAUCACAUGGGCAUUGACGACACCGUAGACAGACUGCGCCUGAUGGAGGGCAAGAAGCCGAAUGUGCGGAAGUCAGUGCACAUGGCGUACGACAGGGCGAUGACGCACCUAAGCCACGUGAAGGAAAACUCAACCUUUAACCCCUCAAAUUUUAUAUAAAGACUAUUAAAUGUUUGUCUAAACUGACUGUAAGAUACCAAUGAAGGUACGUUCAUAACAUGCAGAUGUUUUAUCAAUGAAAAGCAGAUUUAUAAGCUCUUUUAAUAAUUCUGCUGUCGUUUUCCUACCCUCCGUACGAAAUCAAAAUGGGUUUAAUUAACUUUUAAAGGGGUCGUUGGAUGCAAAACUCACUUUUACAUGUUAUUUGAACACAAAUGUGUGUUGGCAGUGUGUGUACACAACCACCCUAUAAUGAUCCCUAUAAAAAUCCAUAACCUGUUUUUCAAAUCGGGCCAUACUCAGAUUCUUGGUUGUGUGACGUCACGGACCAAAGCCACUCCCACGAUAGUUGAUUGACACAGCCGUCUUACCUUAGACCCGCCCUGAGUGAGCUUUGAACUCAGUUAGAGAGAGGUGGGGUGAGCAGAGCUCAUUAGCAUUUAAAGGAACAUGCAACAAAACGGCUCGCCGUGAACAAGGCUGAGGUAAAAAGGGUGUUGUUUUACGCUACCACUGAGAAAUUUUAACGAAAGUAUGUUAUAGACUUUUCACUAAGACCCUAAAGGAUCAUAUCAACUCGUGGCAUCCGAUGACCCCUUUAACUUUCAGCUGAGAUUUCUAAGAAUGUUUUAAAUUCACUUGUAUUUGCACUUAUGUUGAAAAUGUUUUGCCACUCAUUUUCGUCACACCAUUUUUGGCAGUUUUAUUGAAUGUGAGGUGAUAGUAUCACUUAUGUUGCCAACGCGCCAGGGUGUUCGGACAGUGCGCUUCAGGAACUUUGUGCUAGAAUGCAUUUUGUAACUGUUUACUUGGAUACGUUUCUCAACUGAGGAUGUUCAGAAAAAAAGUCCUGUUUCUCUUAGAGCUACUGGUUAAUCAUUCUAGCGUGUUCAUAUAUGCUUUUCGUCUUUAUCAGUUUUCAACUUCUGAGCGUUUACCAUGGCGGUUUUAACCUACUGCGAAAUGCCACUGAAUGAAAAUAUGAAUUUCUUUGGCAUGACCUACACCCUGCACCUGUUUUGUGUAAUUUUUAAGUUAAUAUGUGCCAUUCAUUUUAAAGAAAGGAUGUUUAUUGACAAGCUUGUAAUUGUGGGUUGGCGAUCACUGUAAAUAUAAAUGCAUGUAUGUAGAAAAUAUGCACAGAUGUGUUUUUAAAAUCUGAAA